GCGACGGCGGCGGCGGCGGCGGCGGCGGUGGUCGGUGCGGGAGGAGGGAGGGGAGCUCGCGGGCUGGAGAGCGGGCGACGGCGGUGGCGGUGGCCUGAGGAGGCCCGAGCGGCGGCGGCGGCCGAGGCGGAGCCUGGAGAGGUGUGGCUGGACCAAGACCUUCCCCGAUGUGAGCAGGUUUCCUCCCCCCACCACCUAUUGCCACCACGCCAGGGAACGUCCGUAAGCCCUGGCCUUCAGGGAAGAGGUAACAGGAACCCGGAGCCGAGACCAUGUGACGGCGCUGGCCCUGGCCACCGCCGUACCCCCCACCCUGGCCCCAGGCCCGGCACCAUGAUGUUCCGAGACCAGGUGGGCAUCCUCGCUGGCUGGUUCAAGGGCUGGAAUGAGUGUGAGCAGACAGUGGCCCUGCUGUCACUUCUGAAGCGGGUCACUCGCACCCAGGCUCGCUUCCUGCAGCUCUGUCUAGAACACUCCUUGGCGGACUGCAAUGACAUCCACCUGCUGGAGUCAGAGGCCAACAGUGCUGCCAUCGUCAGCCAGUGGCAGCAGGAGUCCAAAGAGAAGGUAGUGUCUCUCCUGCUGUCCCAUCUGCCCCUGCUUCAGCCACGCAACACGGAGGCCAAGUCGGAGUACAUGAGGCUGCUACAGAAAGUGCUGGCCUACUCAAUCGAGAGCAAUGCCUUCAUCGAGGAGAGCCGCCAGCUGCUCUCUUAUGCCCUCAUCCACCCGGCCACCACACUGGAGGACCGCAACUCACUGGCCCUCUGGCUGAGCCACCUGGAAGAGCGGCUGGCUAGUGGCUUCCGCACCCGGCCCGAGCCCACUUACCACUCUCGCCAGGGCUCAGAUGAGUGGGGGGGGCCUGCAGAGCUGGGCCCUAGGGAGGCAGGGUCAGGCUGGCAGGACAAGCCACCCCGGGAAAAUGGACACGUUCCCUUCCACUCACCCAGCUCUGUGCCGCCAGUCAUCAACAGUAUUGGGAGCAACGCAAAUGCAGGUCUCCCCUGCCAAAUCCACCCCAGCCCGCUGAAGCGCUCCAUGUCGCUCAUUCCCACGAGCGCCCAGGCCCCUGGUGAGUGGCCGAGUCCAGAGGAGCUCGGGGCCCGAGCUGCUUUCACCACGCCCGACCACGCACCCCUCUCGCCCCAGAGUAGCGUGGCCUCCUCUGGCAGUGAGCAGACGGAGGAGCAGGGCUCCAGCCGGAACACUUUCCAGGAGGAUGGCAGUGGCAUGAAAGAUGUGCCCUCAUGGCUCAAGAGCCUCCGUUUGCACAAGUACGCAGCCCUUUUCUCACAGAUGAGCUACGAGGAGAUGAUGACACUGACUGAACAGCAUCUGGAGUCUCAGAAUGUCACCAAAGGUGCCCGCCACAAGAUAGCCCUGAGCAUCCAGAAGCUGCGUGAGAGGCAGAGCGUCCUCAAGUCCCUGGAGAAGGACGUGCUGGAAGGAGGAAACCUGCGUAACGCUCUGCAGGAGCUGCAGCAGGUCAUCGUCACCCCGAUCAAGGCCUACAGUGUUCUCCAGGCCACUGUGGCCCCCACCCCCACCACCUCCACCUCGACUGCCAGGGAUGCAGGCCAGGGGGAGCCACUGCUGCCAGGUGCUGAGUCUCCCCUGGCUCAUCCCAGCACAGACAAGGGCACUGAGGCCAAGGAUCCUCCAGCUGCAGAGAGCUACCCCCCUCCACCAGCUCCAGUUCCCACUGAUGGCAGCGAGCCAGCCCCAGCUCCCGUUGCUGACGGAGACAUUCCCAGCCAGUUUACACGGGUGAUGGGCAAAGUGUGCACCCAGCUGCUGGUGUCUCGACCAGAUGAGGAGAACAUCACCAGUUACCUCCAGCUAAUCGAAAAGUGCCUGACUCAUGAGGCUUUCACGGAGACGCAGAAGAAACGGUUGCUGUCCUGGAAACAGCAAGUGCUGAAGCUCCUCCGAACCUUCCCGCGCAAAGCCGCACUAGAGAUGCAGAACUACCGGCAGCAGAAAGGCUGGGCGUUUGGCUCCAACUCACUCCCCAUAGCUGGCUCUGUGGGGAUGGGGGUGGCCCGGCGGACCCAGCGGCAGUUCCCAAUGCCUCCCCGGGCCCUUCCACCCGGCAGAAUGGGCCUUCUAAGCCCCUCGGGCAUUGGGGGCAUUUCCCCCAGACAUGCCCUCACCAGCCCCAACCUUGGGGGCCAAGGCCGACAGAACUUAUGGUUUGCCAACCCUGGAGGCAGCAACAGCAUGCCCAGCCAGAGCCGUAGCUCUGUGCAGCGCACGCACUCGCUCCCAGUCCACUCCUCGCCGCAGGCCAUUCUCAUGUUCCCUCCAGACUGUCCGGUCCCUGGGCCUGACCUGGAGAUCAACCCCACUCUGGAGUCUCUGUGUCUGAGCAUGACAGAACACGCCUUGGGUGAUGGGACAGACAAAACCUCCACCAUCUGACGGGACCCACAGCCCAGCGCACCCAUAGGCUCCCUGGGCGGCGGGCGGGGGCCAACCCCCAACGGGCUUCUCUGCGACAGCGAGAGGGUGGGCUGGCUCAGCUAUACAUUCUAAUAUUUUUCUACUCUCUCAUCCUUUUAACUUUUGUUUAACAUUGGCACCUGCCUUGCUCACUCUCGGGCCCAUUGAGGGAUCUCUGCCGAGGCCCCGGAAGGUAGGGGCAGCCAGAAUAAAGGGGGCAGGAGCUUGGCCAGCCUGCCGGCCCCCCUUUCUUCCUUAUAGCUCACCUGGCCCCAUCCCACCCCUGCUUCCUCCAGAAUGUUCACCUGCCCCUCCUGAGGGAGCAGCUCCCUCAUCCCCUGAGACUCACUGACCCACUAUCUUAUGGGGCCUGCUCAGAACCAUCAGACAUUUGGGGAGAGACAAGCUGGGUAAGAUAACCUGCUCUCCUGAUUAUUUUGAGAGGCGCUAAGGAGAAGGUAGGUGAGGAGAGGAAUCUUUCUCCUCGCCACCUUCUUCUCCUUCCCAAUUUCCAUCAUUCCCCGAGGACAGGAGCCAUCCUCUUCUCACUCACCUCCUUUUGCCCUGUUUAUCAGAGGUUCUCUACAAUUAAUUUCUUAGGCCUAUUUAAGAUACAUAUUUAUAUAGUUCUUAACGGUUUUUCUCUGAUCAUUCCCUCUCAUUUUUAGAAUCCCCAGGCCUCUUUCUGAGCCAAGAAAGUGGCAGGGGGAACCUGAAUUUUAUGAGGGGAGAGGGGCAGAGCCCCCUCCUCCAGACCCCCUAGCUCUUCCCCACUUCCCCCCAGCCUUGGCUCCCCAGAUGCAUUAGUUGAAGGUGGGGAGCCAGGACAGCCAAUGAGGUCAGGAAGUCUGUUGCCUUAACAUCCCCUUCCCCCAUCAACAUACUCUUCACUCCCAGGUCUGGUUGCUGAAAGACUUGGGGGUAAGGAAUAAGGGAAAGGGGAUUGUUUGGUUUUGGUUUCUUCCCCCACUCCCCAUUAUGUCAUGACCUCAUUAAGUGGAACACUAUAUCAUAACCCAGAGAUUCCCCCAGCCCUGGAGUCAUACAGAGCCUCUGGUCCCUGUUCCUACUGCUGGGUUGUGCUGGGGCCCAGGUGGAGGGAGGGGAUUUGAGGGUUCAGGUUGUGGGGAAGCCAGGGUCCCCUAUUCCAACUCCCUCCCCCCUCAACCCUCCCAUACACACUGGGACAUUCUCAAGCUUUUCACACCGAAAGGGAAAAAAUGUUAUUUUUAGAUACAUUUUAUGAAUAACUUUUGUUAUGAAUAUGGCUGGUAACCAUUGUGUAUGUUAUUAAAGAUGUUGGGAAAAAACAAAAAACCAAAAAAAUUUUAAAACCACCGCCCUCCCAGCACUCUCACCCCAUUCCCCUAUUUUUGCCCCUGCCCUCCAGGUCUGGACCUCCCUCAACUCUGAGCCCAGGGAGAGGGAAAAAGCCUGGGGGAGAGGGGGUGUAGCCCUGGGGACCUGCUCCAGGUCCCUACCUCCUCUCCCAGUGCCGGGCUGGGUGGGGUGUCAGGUUUAUUUAUGUACCUCUUGCACACUCAUCAACCUAUGCAAGUCCCCCACCCCGGCCCCUCCAUGUUUCUGUGCCUUUGCUCAUUCCCCUCAAACUCCCAGGGCUUCCCCAAUUCCCCUCCCACUAGCCCAGGGAAGUGGGAUGGACAGGGGCCACCUCGUUUGGAAUCUGCAGGGUGUCCCUCUUACAGGACCCUCACCUCCUCCCAGCCAGUCCCAUCUUGUUCACUAUUCAUCAGGGUGAGCUGGCUCUGCCUGGCACUGGGAGGUAGUGAGGGACACCCUCCCGCCCAACACACACACACACACAAUGGGAGGCAAUGCUGCCUCCCUCCCCCAACCUGACCAGAGUGUGCAGGACGCUGGCGGCCUCACUCUGAUGGGCAGGACCCUGACCCUCCAGCUCCAGCCCCCAGACACUCCCCACCCCCACCCCCACCCCCGCCAUGAUUUCACCCUCCCUUCUAUCCCCAGCCCCACUGGCAGAAUCAGCUUUGAGUAACUGUACAGUUUUUCUCGCUGUUGGAGAUUUAUUUGUUGGCGUUUCACUUGUUUAAUGGUCUGGGCUUAUUUUGGAAAAAAAGAAAAAAAAGAAACAACAUAACAAAAAAAGGAUUCUGAUCUUUGUUAUGCUACAUUUCCUUUAAAACCUGGGCCUUUGCUUCUAUGCCGUUUAGCUGAGGCCACUGAGUACCGGGGGGAUGGAGAAGCUGAUGGAGUGCGAGGGGGGCGAUGUAGACAGAAGGAGACCAUAAGGACUGGGAAGGGGAGAAACUGGUUUUAUUAACAGCAAAGGGUUGGAGGAGAGAAGGGAAACAGUGAAAGGCUCGCAAAUACACCACAGAGAAGUGCCUUCCUGCACAGAAUCACCAUGUCUGCGCCGGCCCGGACAGGACUCAGUCACUGUCACUGUCUGCCUCGCUGGAAUCAGAAGCUGGGGCUUCACUGCCAUCCUCCUGGGCUGAGUGCUCACUGCCACUGGGGAAGGGACUGGCGCUGCCACUGGGGCUGCGGCUGGGACUGGGGCUCCGCUGGUCACCUCCAUCGCUGCCACUCUCUGAAUCAUUGUCACUACCAUGGGCCCGUCCUCUGUCUUCGUCAUCAGAGUCGGCGUCCUCUGAGUCCGCAUCACUGCCGAAGAUCUCCUCUUUGUCCCGGGCAGCUCGGGCCUCAUCCUCACUGCUCUCCUCGCCGCUACCACUCUUGUCACUUGCUUCAUCCCUAUCACCCUCUUCCCGCUCACUCUCACUGCCUGAGCGCUCAUCCUCACUGCCUUCUUUCUCACUGCUGCUGUCCUUCUCUUGCUCCUCAUCUGUUGAGGGAACAGAAAGAAGUGAGACCCAGUUUUCCACCCUCCCAGGGUUUCCAGGGAUUAGCUUAUGCAGCUUUACCUGAGCCCCCAGCUUCUUUCUCUUCUGUCUCCAUUUCUUCUUCCUCCUCUUCCUCAGGUUCAUGGUUCUCCAGCUGGGCCUUCCGUGCCUCCUGGGAAGCAGCAGGAGGGGAGGGAAAGUAUUCUAUCAGGCUUCUGUUUCCCUCUUUACCCACCACCACACUCCCCAUGGGUUCCCUGAACCAGUGGUAAUUGUUACCUGGGCUUCUAAUUCCUUCUCAUUCAUGUCCCGGUGUUUGACCACAAGCAGGGCAUUGGUACCCGACUGAACCCCAGCCUUGGCCCUGCGCUUACUUAGGCGGACCCUGCAGUGGGCAAGUUGGGAGAGGGGCGAGGAAGAUGCAGUUAAAAACCCCAGUGAGGGGUAUGGUUCAACUUGGUUCUUCAAUUCCUCACCAAUGCUUAGCCCAGAACAGAUAAGAAUAAAUACAGAUUUAAUAAGGGAGACUAAACUCUGGUUUGGGGCAGACGAGGGGAAAGGUUAUUGCUCCCAAGAUACCAAUUUGAUUGCUCUGCACUUUAUAAAGUGUGUGUAUAGACUUUAAUAUGAAUUAGUUACCAACACUUAAAAACAUAGAACCUAGAUCUCUGGUUUAGGGAAAAUAUGAAUCUAUGGCCCCGUUACACAGGCCUCUUAGCCUUCUACAGCAUGUCAGCAAUGGGUUGGAAUCUUUUGUUGAGCUGGGUUGUGGUGCCCCUUAGAGAGUGCCAAGAGCUCUAGGUCACCCAGACCCCACCAGCCCAUUGUGCCUUCUUUCACAUUUCCUCGUUGGCUUACAGGAUCAGAAUUUGUAAUCUCUACUUAAAAUUCAAGGUCACACUUUUUCCCAACCCUUAUACCAAAGGCCCCAGCCAAAAAUAAUCUUUUAGCCAUCAGGGAAAAGUUUUGGGGUCACAUUUUUUAACUUGGGUAUCCAGGAUUUCAUUUUAAAUAUGCUAAUUUUAUGUAUAACCCCAUACUUUAGCUAUGUUUACUUUCACAUGAAGUCUCUUAAUAUCAGGAAAUUUGGCUGUCUACCCUGCAUAAAAGGUCUAAAUAUCUCUAGUGGGUUACUGUGUUAGAAACAGAUCUAGCCCACAUGCAUGAGCAGGCUUCUGCUAGUCGCUUACAAAUGCAUGUGACAAAUCCUUGGGUACAAAUGACCUCCAAGGUGGCAUAUCCUAGGGUCUUGACCCUGAAGCAUGGGCCCAGGCUACUCUGAGGUAGAAAUCUGAGGUAUAUGCGCUGAGUACCUGGUCUCCAACUCAUUGUAGUAAACUCCAUCACCCUCUCGGAAGAUGAAGAAGUAGUUUUCCUCAUAACCCUUGCUAGCUUUGUUCUUCACAUUCCAGUUGUACUCCCGAGCAAUCUUGUAGUCAUAUCUGAGGAUGAGGGGGACAGGGUUAGCCCCAUUUCUUCCCUUUGAGGGAGAAAGAGAGACACACUUCUCAAUCCCCAACCCACGCACACAUCAUCCGGUGCAUAGUCCAUUUCCUCUUCCUGGUCCCGCUUUCGUUUCUUCAAUGUCUCUUCCACAGGCAGGAAGUAGGCCACAAACUGGUUCCCUUCCUCAUCCAUCAUGCCCCUGGUUGGGGGAAGAGGAAGAGCAGUGAUAAAUGAGGACAAAGGGCAAUGAGAAAUAGGCCAAGGUUGGCAGCAGGGACACUUACCUGAUCAUGGCUUGAGACAUCAUCUCCAAUGCAGCUGCACCACUCGUGUCCUUGGGGGCUGGGUCUGAGUCAAAGAUUACCUGAGCACAUGGAUUAAUCCACAUCUGUUGGACAGAGGACACUGGAGUUAGAAGUGAGAUGUGCAGAGAUGACAGGCUAUCUCGCUCUGCCUCCUGUACCAAAUCUGACCUUAAAGUCUGGGAAGACGGGCAUGACCUCCACCGGUGUCACUCGGGGCUUGCUGUAAUGCUGGGAGAUCUGGUAGGGACAAAAACAGGGUGAGAAGGAGGAUGAAGAGCUUGAAGCCACCUCUUUUUCUGCCUCCCCAUCUUAGUCCCUCAGUUACCGACUUCUGGGCAUCCUCAAAAGUCUUCUCAAUGGCUGUUAUCUGGCUAUCCCUAUCUUUGUAAAUUUCUUCCUCAGUGAACUGCUGUUUUACAGAAACCCCAAUCCUACGGGUGAAGAGAAAGGCCUUUAGGGACCACUGGACACAUCUGAAAUUUCUACCUUCCCUCCCUACCUACCACAACUUACUUCACCUCAGGCUUCUCAUUGGAGAUGCCAUAACGGUUGAACUCAGUGGAGAUAUACUCUGUCUUCCGCAUCCAUGGCACCACCUUUGCAUGCUGCUGAGACCUAAGGUGGAGGAUCAGACACUUCAGGACCUCACCACCCUCCUUCCAUUGGAGCCAGUCCCCAGUCCCCACUCAGCAUCCUACCCCCUCACCUCUUGGAGCUAGUGGGGGCCUGAAUCUCUUCUUCCAGAAGCUUCUCAUCAGCUGGAUCUAAGAGUACUAGAGGAGAGAAAGGGGGUAAGAAACCAUGAUGGAGGUCCAGGCCUGGCCUUUGCUAGUCUAAAGCAGGUCCUCCCUGCCUCGCUACAUACCAUUGGGGUCAAUGCGGUAGGUGUCAGGGUUGAUGAGGUCAAUGGUGACCCCCAGGUCUGGCUCAGUCAGGAGGUCAUGUUUGUGCUGUUUUUCCAAGGAAGUUGCUUUGUACUGAACGAACCUGGGUAGGGAAACAUGCCCAUUAUGGUUUCCUGACUCAGCUUUACCCCUCAAAUCCCUGCUUCACAGAGGCUAAACUUCUAUAGGGAGGAACUCAAGAGUGGAGUGUUCCCCCAUGUCCAAGUCCGAACACUUGCUCUCCAAUGGAAAGAGACUUGGACACUGCUUGCUCAUUACCAAAUGUUUAUCAGGCACCUACUACUGUAGUAUGUGCAGGGUACUGUUCUAGGCCCAGAAGAGAGAACAAUCAAUAAGAGAAGCAGUCCUUGCCUGCAAGAGCUCAUACUCUGAGUUGUUUCCCAUUCCCAAUCUUAAGUCUCACCUGUUCUGGUCGAAAGGGUAGGUAAUAAACUUGGGGUCGAAGGGGAUGUCAGGGAGGCUAUUGCAGUACUUGACUCGGCAGACCACUCCAGAUCUAUGAAUAGAACAGCUCCUUUAAAAAGCUACUAUGAAGGUCAAAAGAAAAAGUAUCAAACUCAAACUACAGUAAGUAGAGAGGAGACAACACAAAAAAAACCGAAAACAUAACGUCAAUAACAAAAUGUGGAGGGGGUGUAAAAAUGUAAUCCUUAUAGAAUAUAUUUGAAUUUAAAUGCCUAUUAGCUUAAAACAAACUGCUAGUGAUAGCCAUAAACCUCAAAAGCUAUACAAAACCUACAAAAGUUAUACAAAGAAGAGAAGGAACCCAAACAAAAUACUAAAGAAAGCCAGCAAACCACAAGAAGGAACAAAGGAGAGCUAUAAAAAUGACCAAAAAGUGAACAAAAUG